AUGAGUUCGCCAAAGUCGUCGGACAGGAAAUCGGGUAGGAAACAGUCGUUUUCGCACCAACGAUCCUCCAACGAGGACAUUUAUCAGCAAGACGAGUAUGACACUCCGAAUCAAAUACUUGACCGCGUGAAAUGUGAUCAUGUAACUGUUACAAAACCAGAAGAAGAUCGACGGAGAAGGACCAUAAUUGUAGAGAAAAAAAAUGGAAGUUAUGGCUUCAUGCUACAAAGUUAUGGCAUUCAUUAUAAAAAAGAGCAAGAAAUUGAAAUGAUAACAUAUGUGGAUCAUGUAGACUAUGAUGGGCCAGCAUAUAGAGCUGGGAUGAGAGAAGGCGAUGUAAUACUAUCAAUAAAUGGCGUCGAUAUGGAAAAAGCUGAUCAUAAAGCAUUGGUAAACUUUAUAAAAAGCUGUGAUUCACGAAUGAGAAUGGUAGUACUAUUUGAAGACUGCGUGCGAAAAGUCGACUUACACAUGAGAUACAUACAACUACAACGUACGCUUCAGGCCAAGGUUGAAGAACUAGAAAAGGUCGAAAUUAAAGAGAGAGAGCUCAUGGAAGGAAAAUGGAAAACACACAGUUUGCCAGCAAGAAAAAAGUCUAGUCAUUCUUCUAAGGACACUAUCAACCAAAAAAUAUUGACUGAAAACGGUGAAAGUUCUAUGUCUAGGCCUACAUUAUCGACUGAAGACGUGGCCAAAGCACAGCCAAUUUAUGUGCCCAAACAAAAUUUUAUGUUGGCUUAUCGACCACAUCAUUUUAUUGAUCAGCACGGACGUUCCUAUUACUUGCAUCAGCCUGCCACUGCCAUAAUUAAUGGAGAUUCAAGUUACGUCGGUUGGCAAAGCAAUCGUUCGAAUAACAGCAGCAAAAACUGCGACCAACAGGAAAACUGGGCGCCACCGGAUCAACCGGUCCAGCAGAGGAGACGAUCACAUUACGUAGUUGAAGUCAGCCGACGGUGCAGCACGUCGUCAGAUGUACCUAAUCGUUCACAGCAACAGCAGCCUCACUGCAAACAGCACAACUUUACUAGCAGAGCAUCGCAACGGUCUUCAUCACAAGGCGAUAACUGUCCACGAUGGGGUUGUAUACGUACUGGUGGCGGAUCGUCCGGUCGGCGUAGGAAUGACGGAGGACACGAUGCCGACAACGACGACGACGACGACGAUGAAGACGACGACGGAGGCAGCGUGGAGGCGUACGAUCUGGCGACGGACGGCGGGGCGGCGUGCUGCCCAGGAUCGCAGUGCGUGCCCACCAGGAGACAUCGGCGCAGACGCAAAUCGUCGUCGGCUCGUGGCGGCCGCGACAAAAGCCCAGACUGCAAAUCGGAAGGUUCGUACUGCCGGAAAGGACACGAAAAGCGACGAAACUCGACCCGGAACGACGUGUCCGACGAACACAUGUCGCUGCAGCAUGCGGCCGGUGGUAACCACGGUUACACUAACCUGGUUAACGACCGGUACGCGUCGGACGAGCGGAUGUGCCAGAGCACGUCGAUCGGCGGCGGCCGACCGUCGCAGAACAGCCUGACCGAGAACAGCCCGGCGUCGUACACGACGUCGCUGAGCACGGACACGCUGUACUGGGACGACGACCCGAUGGCCGCCGGUCAGCAGACGUUGUCGGCCGCUUCGCGACAGCACUCGGUCAAGUCGCAGUCGUCGUCGACGUACCGGCGGGACAACUGCGCCGUCAAACCGGUCAAGUCGUGGGACAACUUGACCACCAAGGCGUUCGGUGGUUACGGGUUCGGCUACGAGUAUUUGGACCGCGACCAGAUCGUCAACAACAACAACAACAACGGUGGCGGCGGUGGUUCCGGACAACAUCACAUGGUGUACCUGCAGCUGAAGAACGUGAAGGGCGGACAGAAACACCACGGCGGCCACCAUCACCACCAUCAUCAUCAUCAUCACCAACACUCGCAGCAGCACCACAACAAUCACAAUCAACAGCGCUCCAACCACAACGGCGGCGGCGGCGGCGGCGGCCACCAUCACCACCGCCACAACGCCGAUGGCCGGAUCCGUCACCCGACCAAGUCCACGGAGGCGCUGCUCUCAUUACCUCCGCAGUAUCCGAUCGCGGCCAUCGAGUCGUCGACCAGCUGCGAGUACUUGGACGCGUGUUCGUCGCAGUCGUCGUUGGCGGCCGGUGGAGGUUAUUUCGCGGGCUACGUCAGGAACGACAAGGCCAGUCAGACGGACUGCCGGAGAUACUCGGCACAGCAUCAGCAGCAGUUGCCGCCGGCCGAGGUGACGAGGCUCUGAUGAGAAUCUCUAAUAGCGCAAAUUUUAUCAAAACAUUUUUUUUUUAAAACGAUUUUUUCGUUCUCUACCGCGUCGAGUCAACGCGCGUUUGUUCUUCUCGGGUUUUUUAACGCGACGAGAAAUUUUAUUAUAAACAAAUAUUAGGUACCUACUAUUCCGCCAUUAUAUGAUUUUUUUUUUUUUGUUUCUUGU